AUGGAUUCGGAAGCUCCAACUCCAACUUCAACUUCAACUUCAACUUCAACUUCAACUUCAACUUCAACUUCAACUUCAACUUCAACUUCAUUCUCCAGUGCCAAGGCGGAAUCAGACAUUGAAAGGCCUCGGUUGCAUAUUGAUGAGGUGGAGUUCGUGGACGAGGAGGCCAUGUAUAACAUGCCGCUGCUGCUUGAUUGCAUGGCCCAAGGGAUGCUUCUUACACCUCCAGCUCUCUGCAACGGCUUUACUUGGACCAAUGACCAUCAUCCCAUCCUCGACUUCAAUCUAUGGACACAAGACUAG